CGCACCCCUGUAAGUAGCUGCUGUUGGCUCUCAUUAGCUAGCUGGAGAUAUGCGGAGCUUAACUAAUUACGCCUUCCCCGCUGGAGAUGAAAGCGACGCCAGCAACGAUGAGUGGGACGUUGGAUCCUUUUCGGAAAACGCCACUUCUGACAUGAAGGACCUGGGCUUUCCUGUGAUGGUUGGAGGGGACCAAAUGUCUGUGCUGAAAAAAGCCAUCAGUAAAGGAGACACAAAUACUGUUAAACAACUGUUGGACAAUGGAAUGGAUGUGGAAACCAGGGUGAGUUUUGGAUGGACUCCUCUGAUGUAUGCCGUCAGUGUGGCGAACUACAACCUGGCCAAACUGUUACUGGACAGAGGAGCCAGUGCCAAUUUCAGCAAAGAUAACUGGACUGUGCUCAUGGCCAGUUGUACUGCAUCUGCCAGUGAAGACAAAAUAGUACAUUGUGUUGAGCUUCUGCUUUCCAGGUCCGCCAAUCCCAACAUGGUGGACAGGUCUCAAAUGACAUGCGUGAUGUUGGCAGCCAGGGAUGGCUACACUAAGGUCAUAAAUCUGCUGGUGUCCCACGGGGCAGAAAUAAAUAUGCAGGACAGCAAAGGAUACACAGCUUUGUCUACAGCAGUACAUUAUGGGAAAGAAGAGGCAGUGUUAAAACUCCUUCAGCUGGGAGCCGACAAAACCAUAAGAACAAAGACUGGCAAAAGCCCUGGUGAUCUUGCUAAGAUGUUCAAACACACACAGAUAGCCCGGAUUUUAGCUUCAUCUUCCCAACUCUCUGCUGGUUCAGCUUCCACUUCUAUGGAGGAGACCCUGUCUAAACUUUUUAAGACAAACUCCGAUGCUCUGUCCUCUAAGGAAAGUGCAACAAAGCUUGAUGAACUUGAACUUCUCCUGCACGGCCUGAAUCUGGGUUACCUCGCCGACAUCAUGGCUGAAAAUGAUAUCACCUGGAGCUACCUGUUGACCAUGGAGGAGGAGGACUUCAAAAAGAUUGGUAUCACAGACCCAGUGGACCAGCAGAAGCUGUUGAGUGCUGUGCAGCAGAUGCACCUGGACAAAGUGGACCUAGACAAGAUCCAAAUGGGCGCUGAAGAGAAUGGGCGUGAGGAUCUGCAGAACUUCCUCCUAAGUGUGAGUCACCAGUGCUGCUAUCUGACAGAGAUCCUUCAGGAUGUCAUCAGCCGUUUCCCUUGUCAGGCCUCUCAGCUGAUCCUCUCUCUGGACCCAAAGAAGGAAGCCCAGGCCGUCUGUAACCAGUUAGUUGUCCAGACAAAAGACCUGCAGAAAGAAGUCAUUUGCCUCCACAAUCUGCUUUGCCAGAUGGAUGCAGCCAGGGAUUGCUGUGAACUUCCUCAGCCUCAUUCCUACAAGAGCUUGAGGACAUGGUCCGUGACAGGAGCUGCUCUAAGCAUGCUAGGAGCUGCUUUCUUCCUGUUCUUUACAGCUUCAAGGGCUGCAUGAAGACGUACAAGAGCACCGUCUGAUCACACUACACAGAUAUUCAUCAGUGGAUACAGUUUAAGGCAAUAUUGAGUUUGAUUGCUGUAAGUUUUAUAAAAUAGGUUUAAAUUCUAGGCAUUCUUGGGAAGUUGAAGUUUUGAUAGUCUCUUGUUUUUUGUUGUAAUUUGAGUUUGCUCUUAAUUUCAUUUGUUGUAAUUGUUUAGACUGAAGGUUAAUUAAAAUGGAAUUUUUCUUCUAAUGCUGAAUUAAAAUAAAUUGUAUUUUUUUUUUCACA